UUGGCUUGCAGUGACUAACCUAUAUUCCUUUCGAUUUUUUGGAAAAACUUUAAUUUUCUUUAAAAUGGUAUUUACUACAGCAGUGAAUUUUGUAAGAUCUCGAGGACCCGAUGAGUUUUGGCGUAAAAGAAGGAUUUUCAAACUAGCUGCCCAUUUUGUGGGUAGAAAACGCAAUUGUUAUAGUAUCGCUAUUCGAUAUGUUCACAGAGCACUACGUUACGCUACCAAAGGUAGAAUAUUGAAGAAAAUCGACAUGAGAAAUCUUUGGCAAACUAGAAUAGUAGCUGGUUGUAUGGAACACGAUAUCGAUUAUAAUGUAUUCAGGGAGUCGUUGUAUCGUUCAGAUAUUUUAUUAGAUAGAAAAACAUUAGCUAACUUAGCUGCUUGGGAGCCGUAUACAUUUAAAGCUUUAACCGAUAUCGCUAAGAGAAGGGCUAUAGAUGAUGGAUUGGCUUCGAUCAACAAUCAGCAUGAAGUUGAUAGAAUUAUCACAAAAGGGUCAUUGGUAAAGACUUAACUCUGUGUAAUUUAGAUAGUAGUGGUUCUGUACAUAAAAACAUAUGUAUUUUUUAAGUUUAUUAUGAUAAUGUUAGGAAAAAUAAACAAAAUAAAAAAUA